GUGUUCCUUUGUUUCUGUGGUCGUGAUGUCUCAUGUUUACCGACGGGAGGUCACAUUUAACAACUUUUUUUUUUAAUGUACCACUACAUCACUGCAUCACAACCAAUGGGAUACUUCACAGCGCACCAAAAUGUCAUCGAGAUGACGUUGUUGCUGGCGUAGGGCUGCAGUUUGAUGGCUCCUACUAAAUGAAUGCGGUGGGAAUGGACGAGCAAGACACACUGCUGGUCAGACAGUGCGCACUGCUGACCUCCGCACACAUUAUCAGUUCAUCGGGAUUUCUCAACAAAUUUUGACUUUGAGGAUUUCUGUUUGUUUGUUUUGGGUUUUUUUUUAUUUACUUUGCAGAGAUACGUGUUGGUUGACCUCUCUAGCUGUUUUUUAUUAUUAUAAUUAUAGGACACGAGUGGUCCCAGAGGACACAGCAUGCUGUCGUCCCUGAAGACCCUGCUGCUGCUCUCGGUCCUGUGCACGCCGACCUCCAGCCUGUGCCUCCGCCUCUACCAGUCCCGCUCCGAUCUCCUGUGCGACGAUCAGAUGGCAGUCGGGGUCCGGAGCGACGAAGACGAGCCAGGUUACUCGCCCGUAGAUGGCUGGGGGUCCCUCCUGCAGUCCGCGGAGUAUCUCGCCUCCUCCUCUUCUUCCUCUUCUUCCUCAUCCUCCGCUUCUUCCUCUUCUUCUGCCGAAUCCAGCCGGGAGAAAAGGACUUCAAGUCCCGCAAACUAUCGCUUCAUGAGCCGAACGAAGCUCAGAGGGCAGAUGCUCCGCAACAGCAGCAAAGGGGACCGGAGAAGCAGGGUGACCCUGUCCCUGGACGUCCCAACCAACAUCAUGAACGUCCUCUUUGAUGUGGCCAAGGCCAAAAACCUGCGCGCAAAGGCGGCGGAGAACGCGCGUUUGCUGGCUCAGAUUGGACGGAGAAAGUGAACAUGUUGGACAACUUUAACAGACAGCCAUGACCAGUGUUGGCCUCUUCGCCACUCAAGUGUAAUGAAUCACUUCUUAUUCACUUUUAAAGUAAUGAUGUUUCUCCAGGAGAAGGGUUUUUUUUUUUCAUUUCAUUUCAAUAUCAUUUAGUUGCUCCCAUGUGAAAAGUUCUUGGAAAGUGUCUUAUGAUAUUAUUUCAAUGAAAAAAAUAGAGAAAUGCGAACUAAUGAAACUUUGUGACUAAAGUUUGGUGAUGAUCCUUCAAACAUUGGCUGAUAAAUCUAGUAAAACUAAGACAGGAGAUGCUCUUGUGUUACAGGUAAAGUCUCUGUGGUGUGAUUUUGUAGCAACAGUGUCACUAGACAGAAUAAAGUCAAGAGCAAUAGGGACGAAUUCAUUUGACUUGUAUCAAGAUGAUUGGUGAGAUGUAUUUUGCAUUAGAAACAGAUGAAAUUGUCUCAGUUUUCAAAUCUACAAAGACAAUUUUUCUUUUUUUUCUUUCAUGUUGCAGUAAAGUAGGGCUUCUUUGAGUAACGACAAGCCAUUCAAUUUUCUUUUGAUUAAUGUUUAAUGUGCUUAGUUUGCCCCGGAGUCAUCAAAUUUUAAAUCUUGGACUAAAACAAGAGGACAAGAAGAAAGCGGUUGUGAUUAUUAAUUCUUACAUCCUUCAGCAGAUGUUUUGUAAUUCUGUUGGAUAAUCGUAACAUUAGAUUUAAUAUCAUGAUGUUUUUUUUCUCUCUCUUUGCUGCUUCAUUUAUUUAUUUAAUAUUUAUCUUUUAAGAGGUUUGUUCUAAUGUGAAACAUCGACACAACACUGACACUGAAAUACUGUACAGACCAACUGCAAGAUCAGUAAAAUGCAAAUGCAUGGGAAUGUAUGUGUUCAUCAGAUGUCUGUUAUUUUUAUACUCAAAAUAAAGGAUUAUUUUUCCUCAAAUAAAGCAGAUGUAACUAACUACAUUUGUCUUUUUUUAUAUGCAGAAACUUGAACAACAGGAUCUAUGAGAUUUUUAUAUAAUGUAUUUUAUUCCUUUACUAGUUUAUUAUCUUUAAGGCUGAUGUGCAGUGGCAUCGUUAGGCCUGUUUUAGGGGGGCUGAAGCCAACUUGAAGCCAGGUUAUAUAUACACACACACACACACACACAC